AUGGGAGCCUAUCGUUAUCUCUUGGCAUCAUUCGCCUGUUAUAACAUAUUUCUAUCAUUAGUAGAUUGUGUUUUACCAAUGGCGAUUUUCAACAACAAGAGUUCUCUAAUCCCAUUUCUCACCGGUGGAUUUUUCGAUGAUGUCAAAACUUUUGGAUCCCUUCCGGUUGCAAUACGUGGAAGCUUCUUUGGUUUAGGCUACGGUAUUCUCGUCAUUCAUUUUCUCUACAGAUAUAUUGUAUUGUUCAGGUUACUCGUUAGCAUGUUUUUUUUCCAAUCUCGGAACAUUACAGACCUCAAAUAUCCUUCAAAUUUUCUCAAAGGAAUGGGAUGUUCGUAGCUUUCGUAUUCUUCUUAUCACACGGUGUAUUAUGGUGUUCGGUUUGUCGAUUGUUGAUGUAUCCCGAUGAGGAAAUGUUGGAAUAUAAUGAGAAAGCGUUUUUCGAGAAAUUCAAUGCAAAUUUGCGAGAUUUUUCGUUUGUUGGCACUGUUUUAUACGACGAAAAUGUUUCGAAAGAAUUAUAUACCAGAGGUUAUACUGGUUUGAUUUGUUUGACAUUGAUUUCCACAUAUGCGGUAUCCUCUUAUGUUUUCCUUGGGUAUAAAGUAAGUUUUUCUUUUUUUUGGAUUCAACUUUGACUGUUUUUCAAGAUUAUGUCAAAACUUCAAGAGCAUAAUAUAAUAUCGAGAACAACUAAAAAACAACAUUCUCAAUUAUUCCUAUCCCUAGUCGUUCAAACAAUUAUUCCAUGUGUUGCUAGUUUUUUUCCAACAAUUUUUGGAUGGUAUAGCCCGAUUCUCAAAUUAAAAGUUGAAAAAGCGGCUGAAUUUUCAAUUAUAUCAAAUGCGUUCUGCUCAAUUAUCGAUCCAAUUGCAAUUAUUGUUUUAUUGCCAAAUUAUCGAACAAAGAUUUGCAAAUCUAACAAGACUGCCAAAACCACAUCAUUCGCUGAGAAGCCUACUUUUCUCAUUUGA